AAUGACAGAACAGAAGGAGAAUCUAAACGGACAUUUAACUCUCAUAACAUUACGUUCUCAUAAACAUGUUGGCUGUGUUUGGCGUGCGGAAUCGAUGAGGACAGCAAGAGAAUGCGUUCAGAAGAUAAACCGCUUUCUUCGAAAGGGAAUGUUUGAUUAAAGCGACUGUACAUCAAGCAGGCGACGGAGUUACGGACGUCCUGUUUUUUCUGUCACUCAAGCCGGUGACGUCGCAAUGUGGGCGGGACUACAGCGCGGCUUUGGUCGGCUGUUGACAUGUGAAGUCCUGCGGGAUAUGUUUAUAUGUCAUUAACCUGCAGAACUGUUCUCUUUAACACGGGUGCUUGAUGACCUUUUGAAUUGUAUUUCUUUUUCAUAAUGGAGGGGAUGGAUGGACACGACUUGGCUGGUUAUGAAUGGACACAUUAAUAUCUAAUCGAUUGGGAAACGGAAGCGUUUCUCUUUAUAUACUUUAAUAAUUUGCAGUUGUUUGGAGCUCAAACAGAUGACAGCAUGAGGAGCCGCAGUAAUUCAGGAGUGAGGUUGGAUGGAUUUGCCAGACUUGUCCAAGAAACAAUAUUAUGCCAUCAGAAUCCAGUGACCGGUCUGCUGCCGGCCAGCGAGCAGCAGAAAGACGCCUGGGUCAGAGAUAAUGUUUACAGCAUCCUGGCAGUGUGGGGGCUUGGCAUGUCAUACCGGAAGAAUGCAGAUCGUGAUGAGGAUAAAGCCAAGGCCUACGAGCUCGAGCAGAGUGUGGUGAAGCUAAUGCAAGGACUGCUGCAGUGUAUGAUGAGGCAGGUGGCAAAGGUAGAGAAGUUCAAACACACACAGAGCACAAAGGACUGCCUGCAUGCCAAGUAUCACACGCCCACCUGUGCCACAGUAGUUGGAGAUGACCAAUGGGGACACUUGCAGGUCGAUGCCACUUCACUGUUCCUGCUGACACUGGCUCAGAUGACGGCCUCAGGUCUGCGUAUCAUAUCUAAUCUAGACGAGGUGGCGUUCAUCCAGAACCUGGUGUUCUACAUCGAGGCUGCAUAUAAAGUGGCUGAUUAUGGGAUGUGGGAGAGAGGGGACAAGACCAAUCAGGGCAUCCCGGAACUGAACGGCAGCUCUGUCGGAAUGGCGAAGGCGGCUCUGGAGGCCAUUGACGAGCUUGACUUGUUUGGAGCUCAUGGAGGGCCAAAAUCAGUGAUUCAUGUUCUUCCAGACGAAGUAGAACAUUGUCAGUCUAUCUUGUGCUCCAUGUUGCCUCGAGCUUCCACCUCGAAAGAGAUCGAUGCUGGUCUGCUGUCUGUGAUCUCAUUCCCUGCGUUUGCAGUAGAGGACGUAGAUCUGGUCAACAUCACCAAGGGUGAAAUCAUCUCUAAGCUGCAGGGACGUUACGGCUGCUGUCGGUUUAUCCGAGAUGGAUACAGGACCCCAAAAGAGGACCCCUCUCGACUUCACUAUGAUCCUGCGGAGCUGAAGCUGUUUGAGAAUAUUGAAUGUGAGUGGCCAGUGUUUUGGACGUACCUCAUACUGGAUGGCAUUUUCAAUGAGGACCAUGAGCAGGUGCAGGAAUACAGAGAGGCUCUUGAUGGAGUUUUGAUCAGGGGGAAACACGGGAUCCGACUGGUGCCCGAACUCUACACUGUGCCCGCUGACAAAGUAGAGGAGGAGUACAAGAACCCUCAUUCUGUGGAGCGUGAGGCGGCCGGUCAGCUUCCACACAUGUGGGGUCAGUCGCUGUACAUCCUGGGCAGUCUGCUGGCGGAGGGAUUUCUGGCACCUGGUGAGAUUGACCCUCUCAACAGGAGAUUCUCCAAAGGAUUCAAGCCAGAUGUUGUAGUGCAAGUGAGUGUCGUGGCCGAGUCAGUGGAGAUCCAGCAUCUGCUGAAGGAUCAUGGGAUUGAUGUUCAGACAGUGUCGGAUGUUUCGCCCAUCCGAGUCAUGCCAGCUCGCAUCCUGAGCCACAUUUAUGUGAAAUUGGGAAACUGUAAAAAGCUGAGUCUGAGCGGGCGGCCAUACAGGCACAUCGGCGUCCUGGGAACGUCAAAGUUUUAUGAGAUCAGAAAUCGUACCUACACAUUCACUCCACAGUUCAUCGACCAGCAUCACUUCUACCUGGCCCUGGAUAACCAGAUGAUUGUGGAGAUGUUGCGGACGGAGCUCGCUUACCUCUCGUCCUGCUGGAGAAUGACAGGAAGACCAACCCUCACGUUCCCUAUCACACGGAGCAUGCUGGUUGAAGAUGGUGACAGUAUCGACCCCUGUAUUCUGUCAACCCUGCGCAAGCUUCAAGAUGGCUACUUUGGGGGUGCAAGGGUGCAGAUGGCAAAGCUCUCCUCGUUCCUCACCACCUCAUUUCACACUCAGCUCAGCUUCUUGGAUGACGACUCUGAAGAGAACCUGCUAGAGGAGGAGGAGGAAGAGGAUUAUGAAGGGAGUUUUGGGUUCUCAGCAGGUUCUGGAGACAUGUUUGACCAGUAUCUAACAGAUCUGCUGCACAGCACUGCCACAAAGUGCCAUCUGCCUCCCAUCCAGAGGGGGCAGCACCACGUUUUCAGUGCUGAACACACCACCAGGGACAUCCUGUCUUUCAUGGCACAAGUUCAGGGCCACAACAUGCCCAAGCCGUCCAUGUAUUUACCUGUAGCGCCCAUCAUGAGCAAACACAGGAAGUCCCUGAACCUGCUGGAUGUUCCUCAGGUGCCGCCUCAUUCUCCUCACCACACAAAGGCCGAGAGUGUCGAUCUGCACCUGCCGCAUGAUGCUCAUGGGAACACAGACUUUGUGUUUCUGGUCAAUCAGCUGAAGCAGUGUCCAACCCUACAGGAUCAGGCAGAUAUUCUCUAUGUCCUCUAUGCUAUGAAGGGUCCGGAUUGGUCGGUGAAUGUGUCUGGUCAGGGUGGGGCGACGGUGCGCUCCCUGUUGGAGGAGCUGUAUGUUCGGGCAGGAGUGUGUAAAGAAUGGGGGCUCAUUCGCUACAUCUCAGGCAUCCUGAAGAAGAGGGUGGAAGUCCUAGCUGAAGCCUGCACAGAUCUGAUCUCUCAUCAUAAACAGCUGACAGUGGGUCUUCCUCCUGAACCGAGGGAGAAGGUUAUCACAAUUCCUCUUCCCCCUGAGGAGCUGAUUAACUUGAUCUAUGAGGCCAGCGGACAGGACAUCAGCAUUGCGGUUCUCACGCAGGAGAUCAUGGUGUAUCUGGCGAUGUAUGUGCGCUCUCAGCCGUCUCUGUUUGGAGACAUGUUGCGUCUGCGCAUUGGACUCAUCAUGCAGGUGAUGGCCACUGAGCUGGCUCGCAGUCUGCACUGCUCAGGUGAAGAAGCAUCAGAGAGCCUGAUGAGUCUCAGUCCAUAUGACAUGAAGAAUCUGUUACAUCACAUCCUGAGCGGGAAAGAGUUUGGUGUCGAGAGGAGCAUGCGGCCGAUUCAGUCUGCGGCCACCAGCCCCGCCAUCUCCAUCCAUGAGCUCGGGCACACGGGCGCCACCAAGACAGAGCGCACAGGCAUCAGAAAACUGAAGACUGAAAUCAAGCAGAUCUUUAGCAGCAGUCAUUCCAUCAGCAGUAAUGUCACGUCCCCCCGUUCAACGAGAUGCAGCAGUCCCUCCACUCCCAGUGGAAUCCUGUCUCCGACUGGUACAGGUGACUCCCACCUGCAGUGGGAGGAACGUCAGGGCCAAUGGCUGAGACGACGCAGACUGGACGGGGCCAUAAACAGGGUGCCCAUGGGCUUCUACCAGAAAGUCUGGAAGAUUCUCCAGAAAUGUCACGGCCUCUCCAUUGCCGGAUACGUCUUGCCUUCCUCCACCACCCGUGAGAUGACAGAGGGAGAGAUUAAGUUCGCAGUGCAUGUGGAGUCUGUCCUGAAUCACAUCCCAGAGCCAGAAUACAGACAGCUGCUGGUGGAGGCCAUUAUGGUGCUCACGCUUGUUGCCGACAUGGAGAUUUCCAGCAUUGGUGGAAUUAUUCAUAUCGACCGAAUCGUCCACAUGGCCGAUGAUCUCUUUCAACAGGAUCAGAGAUCUCACGGGGCCAACGAGUAUUUCUUGGAGAAAGAUCCUGCCACAGGAAUCUGCAACUUCUUUUACGACAGCGCUCCGAGUGGCAGCUACGGAACAAUGACUUAUCUUUCCAAAGCUGUGGUCAUGUAUGUUCAAGACUUCCUGCCAAGCAGCAGCUGUCUAAUGCAGUAACAACAUUAGAUCCCAGAGACUCGGCGACCUUCACGACUGAUCUACGGCCAGUGUAAUCUAACGGGGAAACCUCAGGUGACCUCUCUAGAAGGAAAUAGACCACUGUACUCUUCUGUGUUUGAUAUAGAUCAUUCUAAUUUAAGUAUUGUGAAAUGCAGAUGACAUUAGAAGAUUCUGAAAUACUUUUUUUUUAAUUAUUUAUGUGAUUUUAAUAAAUUUACUUUAUUGGUUCACAAUCUAAUUAUUUAAUUUAUUACUUUAUGCACAUUGAAAUGCAUUUUAUUUUAUUUUAAUUCAAUAUAUUUUUGGACUAUAUACAGUAACGGUGACAAAACGUAUACCUGAAAGAACAAAAUAUUGCUUGGGAUGUACAGACACUUACAGUGCAUUAAUGUUGUUGUUUUUAACGUUCUCUGAAUCCUUAAAGUUCAUUUGUUUUGUUUUUUUCUUAACAUUGUCUUGUACCUUGUGGUUACAUUCUAAAAUGUAUUGGUCAUUUAUUAUUUAGCAAAGCAGCAUACAGUAUAAAUCUCUCUGGCUCUGAGAAUCAUGAGGAAAAUGUAUUUAUUCUUUGCAUGCAAACAUGGAGCAUUCUAACUCAUGGUCAAGUCAAGCGUGGAUAUUAUAUUUAAAGAAUACCAGCAUGUGAUGUUGAUGCAAAUGUGCUGGAAAACAUUUUACAUUUAACCUGACAAACCAUAUUUGAUUCUUUGAUGGUUGAGAAAAAACAUGUUGGUAAUGACGUAUUUUAGAAGUAUGUUACUUAAAAGUGCUGUAAGCUAUUUUAGCCAUUCUCGAAUUUCCAUUGGAUAAGCCACGCCCCUUUUUGUUCCAAAACAUCGCCCUCUAAAGAUACCAAAUUAGUUUUAUUGAGACACAAGCAGAAACGUUUGUCAAAAACAACAGCGGUGAAACAGCGCCCUCACCUGUCAACUGUUAUGAACAACAUGGCAUAAAAAUGGCAUUAAGCCUCAAUAAUUCACCGCAACCUCAAUACUAUGAGAACCUGCAUAAUGAUUGACAGGUCGAAAGCGUCAGAGACCGCAGACACAUUUAUUUAUUUUUUUGGCAUACCUUUCUAUGAAAAAAAUCACUUACAGCACCUUUAAUGAAGACUCAAGAGAAAAUCAGAUUAAUUAAAUAAUUUAUUUAAGGAAUUUGUGUUCGUGUUAUGGUGCAGACUACAAAAUUUGAAGAGCAAAAGGACACUUUCAAGGUGUUCCUCCAUAUUUACAUUUCACUGUUUAUUCCCAUUAUGUUCACAAAGAAUUAGUACUUUAGAAAGGAAGUAUUGUAUUUUAACAUUCAUUAAGCAUUUGUAUUGACACAGACAAA